GGGGGGAAAGGAGAAUGGGCUGGGGGGAGCAGGGACGUGGCCUCCCCCAAGAGUCACUGGUCAGUGACUGUCACCCGAUCUACUAGAAAGGGACCAUCACCGCCCCAAACCGCACACAGACCCGUCGGAGGUGAGAAUUGAUCUUUUCAGGGCACAGUUCUGCUCCUGUAUGGAUGUGUCCCUACGCUGCAGGAUUUCCAAGAAACCCAGCCUGUCCCUUAUGCACUUGUGAAUAAUUCCACAAGAGAGCACCUGGGGGCUCUGGGUUAUCCCGAGGCUGCCCGGACUCUCAGCUCUCCAGCCCCAGGUCUCCUGACAUUGUAUUCCAGGCUCCGGGCUAAGCUAAUUAGUGUUUGCUUCCUAUCCUUUCCACCGAGGGAAGCGAACGCCACCCCCACCCGCAUUUGCCUGUGAGUCUCCCUCGCGGGCAGAAGGGAAGCCUUCCCGGUCCCGGGAGGAAAAUGGCGCAGCUAAUUUGGUGAGGAGAGCCGGCCCCGCCCCCGGCAAGGAGAAGGUUCACCUGGUGUCUGGAAACUUGAAUUUGUGGAGAAGGGAGCUUGUUGUUCUUAACCCUAGAUUGCUUCCCUCUUUGGGCUGCAUUUCAAAAACAGUCAUAUUUUUGAAGGGGUUUGAGGAGAGGGAGGGGGAAGACAUGGCAACAUUCCAGAAACCAGCAUUGUUAACAACACCAUAGCCAGUAUAUUUAGUUUGGCUUUUCCUAACGUAGAAAUCUUAAAAAGUGGGGAAGUGGAAAUAAAGUUUUAAACAUGAGAGAGCAGUUUUCCAGCUAUGUCAACAAAGCCUAUCGUGUUGAUGUUUUUAUUGAUCAUUUUAGCAACAUGCUAAUAAAAUUUCAAAUUGAAAUUUUUAUUUUCAUGGCUUUAAUCCAUGAUAGUUUAAAUACUGGGGGCCAUUAAGAGUGGAUUUAGCUAAGAGCUUAGCUAACAUUGCCUUUUCGCUCUAUUUUUCUCAAAUCUUAUGAGAAUUCUGUUUUUGAAUAUUGUAGUUAAUUUUUUGGCUUGAAAUGGCAGCCCUAGUAAUGGUGGAGUUGUUAAUCAAUGUGUAUAUUGUACUGAAUUUCUGUCAUUUAAGGGGUUUACGGCUUUGGUGGAAAUUGCUAGCAGGUUCCAUGAUGUUUCUUUUCUCCAUGUUGUAUACCAUUACAUUCCACAUUUAUAUUUCUGUUUCUCUUCCUCUCCCCUUGAUCUCCUUAAAAAGGAAUCUAGAGUUGGUGGCUUUUUCCCCUCCUCUUUAGCCAGUCCCACAGCUCAUUCCUGAAAACCAGAAAGGACUCGUAGGAUCAAGACAAACCUGUGUUUUUCAAAAAAUUAAGGCUGUUUGGAACCCCUUCCUUGGGCAAUGAUUUACCAACUUCUCUUCCUGUGCGGCAGCCCCAACCUGACUGACUGUUACUUGACUCAGUGUGUUAGACGCCUACAGCAUCUGUGUCCCUUUCAAGGGAAUUUGUCAAAUAAUGGUGUUUAGCUAAUUGUUGCAAGCAAUUGCAUAUUGACAGCUGUGAUUUAGUUGGACAGCAAAUAUUAUGGCCAAAGCCAGUUUCUUGGCAUUUCAAAAAUAAUGCAAUAAAAACUAGUCAAGGUUAGCUGAGACUGGAAAUGCCUUUUUCAUGGUAAAUGAUUCAUUUCUGUUUUGUUUUUUUGGUUUUCAUCCUGGAUUCAUUCUCUGAUCUUGAAUCAAAAGGUCAGAUCAAUGAAAUAUGAACUAGAGUAUUUUUCUUAAGCCUAUUGAGUGAUUUAUUUUUUAAAAAAUGUUUAAAUGCAUAUGCUUUUCUUUCAGCACAUACAAUGGCAAAACUUUUGUAAUAACUGACUUACCUUUGCAUGUAUGGAGAACUGAAAGUCAUUUAUUUCCCUAACUUAUUCCUCUUUCGAAUAACAGAUGGCAGAUCGUAAACUGAAAUUCUUGAUUGUAUCUACACACUCCACAUUCUUUACUGUGUCCUACUACUGUAUCUUGGCUCUCUGCUGUAUUAAACACCAUCCUAAGCACUUGUUCCAACAGGACUCCUUCUUGACAUUUUGUCUUCCACCUGUCACUCGGGUGGGACUUCAGCAAAAGAAAUGAAUCAGUCUAUCACACCUCAUACUAAGAUUUAUUUCCUCUGAUGGUACAUAAUCUGAUUUUUUUCUUACUAAGAGAGUCACUGUAACAGAAGAAUGGCUUAUCAGCUUUAUACUUGCCAACUAGAUGGGCCAUUAAACAUAGGAUUUGGCAGCCAAAGUAGCAUACAUUACUAUGUUGGUCUCUUAAGGAUUAGGUUGAUGAUAAUACUUCUACAAAUUCACAAUAGUAAAACAGUGGUUACAAAG